AUGUUUUUUGGAGGAUCCUCGGAUAAAAAAUUAGCCGCACAGGCUGCACCGGCAGGUCCAAGUUUUGAAGAACAAUUACCAACAGUACGAGAAUUUCUUCGUGAAUAUAAUCGUAUUGCUGAAGUAUGUUUCAAUGAUUGUGUCAAUGAUUUCACAGGUCGAACAACAACAACGCUCGAAAAUACAUGUGUUAAUAAUUGCUUGGAAAAAUUUCUUAAAGUAACACAACGUAUAUCUCAACGUUUUCAAGAACAACAAAUGUUAAUGAAUGAAAAUCAAGUUGUUGCCGGAAAGGCGAAAGGUCUUUUUCAAUAA